GUCAUUUAUUGAAUUAGCGGUACACUGCCCGUUCAAACCAUUUUCAGAGAGUUUGGUUGCCAAACACACCGCUCGAGGUGUGGCGGCCCUUGAAGGGGCGUUAGGGUGUUGCAACUCCUUCUGGGCUUCACCAAAUUGCUUGAGCAAGAAUGGCAACUAAAAAGGAGAAUGAAAGCAAGCUAACUAUGAGCUCAUUUCUUGUGCAUCAGGUGCUUUUGAUCCCUCUGUUUGUGUCUGCUGAGCUCAAAACAUAUUAUGCUUGGCCCUAAACACUAAAUCGAAUCCUAAAGCCCACACAUCAAACUAACAUUGUGGACAAUGCCGAUACCCUUGGAAGUGGUUCACAUUUUUCACAGCAGAAGAGGGAGAGAAAGUCUUUUGUUUUGGUUGCUGGUAAGCUAUCUAGGGAAUCAUUUGGCUAGCAUGGACAUAGCACAUUGCUAUUUAAAGGGAAAUGCUGAUGCUGUGGAGUUUUGUCCACAUGAUUCCUACCAUAAUGUUUUAGCGGUGUCUACUUACACAUUACAAGAAGGUUGUCAGCCCAGUCGUCAUGGAAGCAUUUCACUCUUCAAUGUUGACGUGGACAUGGGCCACCUUGACAUGGUUUUUAGUGAGGAAACCUCUGGGAUUUUUGACAUAAAGUGGAAUCCACCUGGAGGGCAUGUGAGUCCUUUUCUAGCUCAAGCAGAUGCUGAUGGAUACUUGAGAAUUAAAAUGCUGCAGGGUUGCUGUAAUGGAGUCGAAGGGGUUAAUCUAAAGGAGAUUACAAAUGAAAAAAUCAGUAACAAUAUGUGCUUGUACCUGGAUUGGCAUCCUUCAGCCACAUCCAUCACAGUAGGGCUUUCUGAUGGCUCUGUGUCUAUUGUUUCUCUUCUUGAAUCAAAGCUGGAAAUUCAAGUAGAGUGGAAGGCACACGAUUUUGAACUUUGGACUACCUCCUUUGACAUCCACCAACCAAAUUUGGUAUAUACUGGCUCUGAUGAUUGUAAGUUUAGUUGUUGGGAUUUGCGAGAUAGACCUCCCAAUGUGGUAUUUCAGAGCUCUAAAGUCCACAAAAUGGGUGUUUGUUGCAUUGAGAAGAGUCCACAUGACCCAAAUAUCUUGUUAACCGGAAGCUAUGAUGAACUCCUAAGGGUAUGGGAUUUAAGGUCAAUCUCGAAACCUGUUAAUAAGACUUCAAUUAAUUUAGGUGGAGGAGUUUGGAGAGUUAAGCACCAUCCCUUCAUUCCAGGCCUGGUCUUGGCUGCUUGUAUGCACAAUGGUUUUGCUGUUGUCGCCAUUAAAGGCGACAAAGCCGAAGUAUUGGAAACUUACAAGAAGCAUGAUUCUCUUGCCUAUGGAGCAGACUGGCAGAAAGGAGAUGCAAAUCACAUUGAUGGGAAAACCAAACCACUUGUGGCCACUUGCUCAUUCUAUGAUAAACUUGUCCGGGUGUGGAGGCCAGGUAAUGAUAUUGUCUUGUAAAUUGAUAGCCUAGUUGGAAAUGUAAUGCAUAGCUCUUAUUUUUUUAGGGAUCAUGGUUGCAUUAUAUGAUCCUUUCACUUGCAAUUAAUCGUUUAUAGUCACUCAUUCACAGCUUGAAGGAUGAGCUAACUUGUCACUCUUUCAUUACGGUAGUUGAUUGAUCUUGAUUUAAUGGUUACAGACAGAAAAAGAAAAGUAGAACAACCUAUUUAACUACAAGUUUAUAUUUACACAUUA